UGGGUAAUGUUUGGUGAGAGUACGUGCGGAAGGGAGAAGAUAAAGAAGUGGGAAAGAGGAUGUGAGCAAGGAAGGAGUAGAAAGAAAUGGGAGGAGGAGGAGGAGGAGGAGGAGGAGGAGGAGGAGGAGGAGGAGGAGGAGGAGGAGGAUGAGGAGAGGAGGAAGAGGGGGAACGGACUUUGCCUUGGCCACUCGCUGUGCAAGGUGAGCCAGCACGAGCUUGCCUCUGCUGGUGCCAAUCAGCCGUGGGAGCUGCUCCGAUAACCACGACCCAUUUCGCGCCCCUCCU